CAGCCCAGCCCCCCCCCCACCUCUGGAAGCAGGAUUUCAAUUACAUGGCUGAGUGGUGCCUUUCUAGUCCAACAAAAGGUAGAUCCGGCUUGUUGGGAUGGAAACAGAGUCAGGGGGGUGAGACACAGGGGACAAAAGACACACCCACAUACUCACAAAGUCAAACAUAACUAUGUGAAUAUUCACACAAACACACAGAGGGGGUGAGGAAGAUCACCCCAUCAUCAUGAUGCCUCAUGGACACUUAGAUUAUCAAAGUAAUCCUCCAGAGUCCGGUUGACCACAGAUGUUUGAAACCAUGUCAGCGGUGACCAAUCAGCCUCUUCCCUAUGGUGGACUGGAACGAGAGAAGCACAUCCAGAUGAUCUUCGGAGCUUUCCAGAACCGCUGUGGGCCCUCAUGUGAGUGCGACGGUCACUCACCUGGACCCAAACGCCACUUUCCAGACUCUGGUGAGCAGGUGUCAGGUCUGGCUCCUGGGAGGAAGAUGGAGAACUACUACACGCAGUCACCAGGAAAAGUGAGCAGACUGGGGAUGGAGGAGCAGCGGCCUGGAGGUGCAGCAGGAUCCCACUUCAUGUCGGUGCUGGAAACAGUCAGUCAGAUACAUAUCACUGCCAGACCAGAGCUGCAAGGUCCACAGUGUGUUCCCAGGAGGAUUUACAGCAUCACCACAGGAAACAGGUCCCAGUUAUUUGUGGCCAUGGAAGAGAGUUCUUGUGUGUGCCUACAGUGUUGCGGUCCAGCCCGGGCGUGUUCUUUGCAGGGCUUCGACUGUCAGGGCCGGCAGGUCUUUUAUUUUGAAAGGCCCCUUAGGGUGGACGCCUGCUGCCUCGGCUGCUGCCUGAUGGAGAUCAGGGCCUACACACCUCAAAAACAUCUGGUUGGCACCGUGUGUCAGAGGUGGAGCAUGUUCACCCCUCUCCUGGAAGUGUGUGAUUCAGAAGGAGCCUUGACCUUCCGGAUCCAGGGCUCCUGCUGUCCAUACCGCUGCUUGUCCAACCAGCAGCUCCAGAUUGUCUCUAACAUUGGCGAGAAGAUUGGAACGAUAUGGAAGAAAUGGCCUGGCUUCAAUGACGAACAUAACAUGGACCAUGAAUACUUUGGCUUGGAGGUGCCGCGGAAUAUGGAAUCGCGCAAUAAACUGCUGCUGCUGGCGGCCACUUUCUUGUUGAAUUACAUGUUCUUUGAAAUGAGCUGACUAAUGAAAAGGAUCAAUCAAGACGUUGGAAGUGGGCUGCGACUAAUGAGGAACACCAGCCGAGUCACUUCGUAGUCCAAGAGACGGCUA